CCCGGGCUCGGGACCGGCGGCACUUCCCUUCCCGCGGGCAGGUCUGGGAAGCCAGGAGGAUUUAUUCCUAUAAAAAUGGCAGCAAAGUCAUCGCUCCUUAAAGUAAUACUGCUAGGAGAUGGUGGAGUUGGUAAAAGUUCUCUUAUGAACAGAUACGUCACCAACAAGUUCGAUGCACAGCUAUUUCAUACUAUAGGUGUGGAAUUCUUAAAUAAAGAGCUGGAAGUGGAUGGACAUUUUGUUACAAUGCAGAUAUGGGACACAGCAGGUCAGGAACGUUUUAGGAGCUUGCGGACUCCUUUCUAUAGAGGUUCUGACUGCUGCCUGCUAACCUUCAGCGUGGAUGACUCUCAAAGCUUCCAAAACUUAAGCAACUGGAAGAAAGAAUUCAUUUAUUAUGCAGAUGUCAAGGAGCCUGAAAAUUUUCCAUUUGUGAUACUGGGUAACAAAGUUGAUAUCGACGAAAGGCAAGUGUCUACAGAAGAAGCCCAAGACUGGUGCAGGAAUAAUGGCAACCACCCAUAUUUUGAAACCAGUGCAAAAGAUGCCACUAACGUUGCAGCAGCCUUUGAAGAAGCAGUUAGAAGAGUUCUAGCCUCUGAAGAUAGAUCAGAUCAUUUUAUUCAAACAGAUACAGUAAACCUUCAUCGGAAACCGAAACCCAGUUCAUCAUGUUGUUGACUUAAUGGUGUUUUUUGGGCCAAAUUACCUUUGACUAGCUUGCUCUAUUAAAAGGAUGAGGAAAGUGUAGUAGAAAAAAAUAACAGAUGGGUUUCACUCUAAUAUUAAAAUUGUAACAAUUCCGCUGCUUUCUUGGGAGAGCAAAAGAAAAAUUUCCAUUCUUGAGUGAUCCAUUACUGAAUUAGUGACACUUUCUAUUUAGGAAGGUGUCAAGUGAAAACAUUAAUAUAAGAAUGUAAUUUGCCAACUUUACUCAAAUGAUAAAUACUUUGAAUAUAAUUAAAACUUGAAAGUUCUAGAAGCACUACUUUGGAGAAACUGUUCUGGAAUUCAGGCACAAAGAUUACUUUAUAUAUGUAUAUUUUUAUGAAAUCAGCAUUCCAUUUCUGUUUCUCUAGAAGUCAGUUUCUUAAUGCUAGAUAUUAAACUUCAGUCUCACUACAUUCCUUUUGCUGUGAGUGGUACUUCAUCUCUAAUGUGUUAAAUUAAUAUAAAUAACUUGCAGGACUUCUUUGCCUAAUGUUGUUACAAUUUGUGUAGGUUUUUAAGUAGGAAAUAAAUUUCCUACUUCUUUGAAGUCCGUUUUCCUUUCACUUACUAUUCUAAUGCAGUAAUAAUUUUUUCCAGUAGUUUGAUGCAAGACACUCAUGAUUAUCGUUUUGUUAAGUUAAUGCGUCUUUGCCUUAAGUCCUGUAAUUACCCACAAGAUUAAAAAAAAAAUCUGACUACCUGAAGUAUAACUAUUUUUAGUUAUGAAAAAGAUAUAUUUUAUUCAGUCAGCUUUAAUAGCACUUGAAGGGAUCCACAAUAUGACAAAUGUGUAGAAGAACUUUUAGUAUACAGCCUUAAAGUUCCAAACUUCUUGUUACUAUUAACCUGAGCUAUGAAUGUGUUUACCAGUAAUCUCUGCACUGUGAAACUAAGGACUGGCAAUACGUAGAGAACUCAGGAAGCUCUUGACUUGCGAUAGUUUUCUGCCCUAAUACAAGUAAAUACCUACAGCUAGUGUUUGACCUGAAUUUGAUCCUUAAAUUACUCUCUUAGGAUGCGGACUUAGACAUUCAAGACAAUGUCUUUUUAUAUUAUUGUACUCGUUACGUGGUCAUGAACAGAAGCAAAUUCUGUAUUUAAUGGGCGGUCUUUCUGUGUAAUGCAGGUGAAACCACAGGUGGGGUAUUUGAGGCUCUUCAUUGCAGUUAAAUAGGAGACUACUUGUAUGAGAAGCUGCUGAACUCUCAGAGUACCCACUGUCCUUGUAACAGCAAACUUGAUAGUGCUAUUGCUUCAAUGUGUAAUCUGACUGCUAACACAGGCAUGCACGUGCACACCUUGUGGACUUCAAAAGGGAGUCUGAGGACAGGGCAUGUUACUAAACUAUGCAGACUCAGUUUUCUGUACAGCAGCUCUUUCGUUUCAAUAGAAUGGUCCUUCCUAAGGGUACAGUAACAGAAAGUUUUUAAUGCAUCUGUUCAGUCUGUACCAGGUGUAAUUAUUUGGAAGUAA